AUGCCAAGGUGCAACCUGCACUGUUUCCUAACUCUUGCACUGUGUUGUGCUUGUGGGUUAGUAUGGGCUCAAGAUACCGAAAGUACUAGAACGGAAGGAACCCCUAUCGCAGUUUGUUUUCCUCCGUUGGUUUCUACUGUGAUUCGUAAUGGAUCUAAGACUCUUGAAACGUGUAUUAACCCCAAUACUGUUGAGAAACAGGAGAAUGAAAAGAGCUCUACCACGUCGAAAGAUCAAUCGCAACAAGGUGAAAGGCCCAUUGAGAGCGAGUUGCCUCCGGGUGAACAGCAAACCGCAAAUGGAGAAAACACAGCCUCAUCAGGAUCAAGUGCUACUGACGGUCAAGUGAGUUCUGCCACUGCACCACAAAAUUCAUCUGAGAAUUCUUCUCACAAUUCACCCUCACAGAAUGCCACUGAAUCUGGAACUGAAGAGAGUGGGGUAACAAGUAGCACAAAUGGCGCGGAAAAUACAGAAUCAACCACCACAACAACAACAACACUUCCUCCUGAAUCCACAAACAACAAGAAGGGUGAUGCAGACAGCAGCAGCAGUAUCAGCAGUUCUGUGUGGGUGCGUGUACCACUACUGAUUGUGGUUACACUGUCCUGUAUUCUUGUGUGCUGA